GCUGCCUACUUAAGGGUCCAGAAAAUAAGAAUCUGAGAAACGUUGGGACAAUCACACAGAGACUGCAAAGAACAGAUAAUCUACUGAGUAUAUUUACAAUGACAACGUUUGAAGGGCAUGCCGUGGUGGGAGCCAUUUUCCUGGUUUGGGGAUUGUGGUGGGCUGUGAUAAAUGCCGUGAAGCUCUUCAACCACAAACCAACAAUUUAUUCCCCAAAACUGCUAUUUUCCCUACGUAUGGAAAACAAGGUCAUCGCCAUCAUCGCUUUCAUUGGAUUGCUAGUUCAGCAAUUUGCCCUUCAUGGUCCUGGCCUGCAUCUCUACAAUGAACAAGAUCAUCGGUGGGUGGAUCUUAAGAGGUGGCACCAUUCAACAAUGUACCUGUUCUUCCUGAUCAGCAGUCUAGGCGGUAUCCUUGCACAAUGUUCAUUCAGAUUCCCCUUGGGGCUGGAUCGGCUCCUUCUUUCCCUGGCACUGUUCAAUGAAGGGAUGAUCUUCAUUUCUCACCACCUGAUGACGACGACUCCUCUGGACAAGCAUAUUCAUGCUAUGCUGCUCAUCCCCAUCUUCAGCGCUGCCUUCUGCCUUCUGCUCGAAGUGCAUUUUAGAGAUCACCCCAUCCUGGUGUUGUUCCGGAUCUCCAUGUUCCUUAUUCAGGGAACAUGGUUUUGGCAGAUUGCAUUCGUAUUGUUUCCACCACGGGGAGCACCCCUUUGGGACCAAAAGGACCCUGAAGCAAUCAUGUUUAUUACCAUAUGCUUCUCCUGGCACUACCUGGCUAUCAUUUUCCUCCUCUUCAUCAUCUAUGGCAUUGUUUGCUGCUAUUUUAACAAGAAAAGAAAAAACGAAGCCACAAAUACUGAAACUGAACUAUUUAACCAAGACAGAAGUUCCUACAUGCUUCUUCCCAAUAAAUGUCCUGAAGUCUAA